UAAAUGUUUAAGUAAAAUAUAUUAAUUCAAAAUUGGCGCGUAAACAACUUCCGGAAUUUGGAUAAAUAUGGCGGAUUGUUUAACUAAGUGAAACUGGUGUCUGAAAGGUCUGAAGUUAGCGAUAUGACAACAAAUUAUCGAGAUAUAGGAGCUGAAAAUUUGAAUAUAAUCAAGUAAUAGCAUUUGAAAAAUAUGGCGAAGCAUCAUCCAGAUUUGAUUUUCUGUCGUAAACAACCGGGAGUCGCUAUCGGUCGACUUUGCGAGAAAUGCGAUGGCAAGUGCGUAAUUUGCGAUUCCUAUGUCAGACCCUGCACCUUGGUCAGAAUUUGUGACGAGUGUAAUUACGGUUCUUAUCAGGGACGAUGCGUGAUAUGCGGAGGUCCCGGCGUAUCGGACGCGUAUUAUUGCAAAGAAUGUACGAUACAAGAGAAAGAUAGAGACGGCUGUCCUAAAAUAGUCAAUCUAGGCAGUUCAAAGACAGAUCUCUUUUACGAGAGGAAAAAAUAUGGAUUCAAAAGAAGAUAAUCACAAGCUAUUCAAUAUUUCUUUACAUGGUUUUUGUUAAAUGUAUCAUUGAGCAUCAGUUUGCCUCUUCAACAAGCAACUCAUUCUCUUCAUCUACAGUCUCAUAUCUGACCAUUUGAAGUCUGUAGCAUCCGUCCUCAUCCUGUGUAUAAUGGAAGCGUUUGUGUCCACUUGGCAAUUGCAAUUGAUGAGUUUCUAUGAGAUGUUUGGUCAAUCUAUAACUCUUCCGGUAUUUGAUAGGACAUUCAUGACAGCAGUACCAUCGCACCGCUAAACCGUGUACUCGUUCUACAUGCCUAUAACAAAUUUCACAAUUGCAAUAAAACAUUAAUAGAUGAAA